AUGGAACACUUAUUAGUAGGUCAGAGCAUCAGACAGGGCAGCAUCGGCGUCUGGAGGCACAUUUCUCCAAAACUAGUUGGCAUUGGCUACUCCAGCUGUGCGGUGUGUUUCUUUGUAGCUCUGUAUUAUAACGUCAUCAUUGGUUGGAGUAUUUUUUACUUGGGAAGUUCUUUCCAGUAUCCUCUACCAUGGGAAAACUGUCCGACAGAAGGGAACAGCACCGUGAAGGAAUGUGCCGCCAGCUCUCCCACAGCGUAUUUCUGGUACCGUAAAGCUCUGGAUAUCACUGAUUCCAUUGAAGAAACCGGAGAGUUCAACCCCAUCAUCACUGGAUGUCUGCUGGCCGCUUGGGUCAUCGUCUGUCUGGCCAUGUAUAAGGGCAUCAAAUCGACCGGAAAGGUGAUGUAUUUCUCCUCCGUGUUUCCGUACGUGGUGCUGCUGUGUUUCCUGAUCAGAGGCGUGACACUGGACGGGGCGUCCGAGGGUAUUAAAUUCAUGUUUUACCCCAGGCUGGAGAUCUGGGCUGAUGUUCAGGUGUGGCGUCAGGCGGCGACUCAGGUGUUCUUCGCUCUGGGUUUGGGUUUCGGUUCUGUGAUCGCGUACUCUUCCUACAACCCGCGGAACAACAACUGCUAUCGAGACGCGUUCACCGUGUCUGGAGUCAACUUAAUGACGUCCGUUCUGGCCACGCUAGUGGUGUUUGCCGUGCUGGGCUUCAGAGCCAAAACCAUCGCCACAGAGUGUGUUAAACGUAACAUGAAGGCCACGUUUGAAGCGAUGUCCAGCACUCCUUUCCCUGACCUCCUCAUCAAUGCGUCAGAUGUGGAGAACAUGACAUUGAACGAGUAUGAGCACUGGUACAGGACUCGGGGCCAGCAGCUGAAUAUCUCCGGUUACAACAUCACCGCCUGCAGCCUGGAGGAGGAGCUGAAACAAGGUGUGGAGGGAACCGGUCUAGCGUUCAUAGCGUUCACUGAAGCCAUGACCUUGUUUCCUGGGAGUCCGUUCUGGUCGGCGCUGUUCUUUCUCAUGCUGCUCAAUUUGGGUUUGUCUACCAUGUUCGGCACCAUGGCAGGAAUACUGACCCCGCUGACGGACACCUUUAAGACCCUGCGUAACCACAAAUUCCUCUUUACAGCGUGCAGCUGUGCGGUGGGCUUUCUGAUCGGUCUCAUGUUCACUCAGCGCUGUGGAAACUAUUUUGUGGCUAUGUUUGAUGACUAUUCUGCCACACUUCCCCUCAUCAUCGUCGUCAUCUUCCAGACCUUCAGCGUGGCCUGGGUUUAUGGAGCGGACAGGUUUUUGGAGGACCUGAAGCUGAUGUUGGAUCGGCCGGUUCCUGUGGUGUACAAGUACAUGUGGAAGUACGUGUGUCCGGUUGCUAUGGUGGGGCUCUUGGGUGCCAGUCUGCUAAAGAUGAUCUUGGAGCGUCCCACAUACAUCGCCUGGAACAGAGAAAAGGCGUCUAAGGAAGAUCUACCUUAUCCAGGCUGGGCUCUUGCUGUCCUGAGCACGCUCAUCGUUGUCGCAUUUCUUCCCGUUCCUAUUGGAUUCAUACAUUACCUCCUCCUGGAACGGCUCGGCCAGUCUCCGGCAGACGCUGAGGCGGGAUACAUGCCGUGUGCCACCACAGACACAGACCUGACCCCUCUCGACACGUUACCGCGCUCAGCAGGCGACCCCAGUUCAUUUUCCCCUUUGCUUGAGGAAAACCAAGACACUCAUUUGCAGAACGGCCAGAUUGAACACUUCCAAUCAAGUGCGGUAUGAGAAGAAACUACGGCACAACCUUCGUUAGAGUUUACAAACAUCUGAGAAGGAUCUAUUUAAAUCAAGACCUUUUUAUGAGCAUGCUUUGCCGUUGAGAACAAUCAUUUGUAUCUGUACAUUCGGGCACUAAAAGAACUGUUUUUAAAGUAUUAGUUCAUCCCUUUUAAACCCGUUACAUGUGAAAACAGCUGUGAUAUGCGGCUGUAAUAACAGCUUUGAUGACCAUUUCCUUUUUCGAGUGAACUGUGGCUUUAAGUACAGUGUAAUAAUGUACCUGCGUUUGGUGGGUCCAGGUGAGUGUUGAACAACAAUGCAACACUACAGUUACCUGUUACAACGGUCUAAUCAUUUGGUAACUGACGGUUCUGCUGCUUUAGUGAUCUGACGAGAUUUUUAUAUCAUGCUUUGCAUAAAGGUGUUGAUGAUGGCUUUGACCUGUCAGUGUUAUUUGAACUCCAAGAUGCUAAAGAAGCAGCCAGUGCUUGUUCUCCGACAAAAGUGUAAGUGACGUGACAUGUGUUAUGUGUAUUAACCCUUUGAUGCAUGAAUCAAUUCACAUAGGUACAGAAAAGAAAAUCAUUCCAAAUCAUUUUUUCUCCCAAAAUGGUAAUUUAGUUUGCUUGGUGCAUCAAUACUUUGUUGUCAUAAAUAAAAACACAUUGACAUAUCAAGAGGACAGCUGGUUUGACUCGUGUAAGGGUCAAACUGUAUAAUGGCUACUAUAGCAUCAAAGGGUUAAUGUUGGUCCAUUCUGAUGUGUUCAGUCUCGUUAUUUAAGUAAAUACAAAAAGGUACAUUGUGUGUUCAAAAGACGUUUUGAACCAUUAAAUCAUCACCCAUAACUGAUUAAUGGAAAGCUCUGUGUAUUUUCCGAACAGAAAUGUCUAGGUCCUAUUUCAUCUUAAUAGUCUUCAACGCAGAUUUAAUUGUUUAUGCCAAAUAUGACAUGGACAUUUCUUUAUUUAUUUUUCGUAACAUUCUAUGCUCUUAUUUUUUGAGCACCAACUACAACAUUUAAUAAUGAUGGUUAUAGUUGUAUGUGACACACAUGGGAUUUCUUAUGAAGGAUUUCAAGGCAGCAUUUUCAGAACAAUUUUACAGUUUUUACUAUUUUAUGUUGUACAGAAUUAUUUUUGUGGCUAUUUGUAAAAUAUCCUCCCUUUUUAUUUUUCCAAAUGACGUCUCGGAUAUGUUUUUACAAGUGAACGUGUGACCCGCAGGCCAGACAUUUUAUGGCUUAUAGUCAUUGUGAAGUCCUGUUAUCUUUGCCUCUCACAGGGGUUUCUUCUGUGUGUGUUCAGUAGCUUGAACUCGAAGUAGUUCUGGUCAGUAAUGUAUAUUAUGAUGUAAUUUAACUCUAUUCCUCAUGUAGAAUCCUUGUGAUAUCUCUGAUCUUGAAGGCUCAUUUGGUUGUCUUUGUUGUAUAUGUUUUCAGUAUUUCCUCCUCUUGCUUUCUGUCAGUCAGAAACACGAUUCUGAGGUCUUCAGUGUGUGUGAAUGUUGUUUGAUGGUCAUGCUGUGCAGCCGUACACACAUUUUGUACCGUUUGCCUCGUGAUGAUCUUGUUUCUGUAUAAAUGGUUAUGUGACCCCU